AUGACCACCGUCACGGCGACCGAGACGUUGCACACGGCGGGAAAAAAGCCGGCCGCCAUGGCCGACGCGCGCCUUGAGAUGCUGGCUAUCCCGGCCAAGCCGCGAAAGCGCACAAUGAGCGAGGCUCUGCCCUCUGCCCUGCACCUGGGCGCGACUGCAGCUGCGUCCAUGGCGGUGUUUGUGGCGAUCUUCAUUGUUGUGACCGAGAAGCUGCCACGGAGUAACCCGUACCGCAGCAGGGUCCAAAGCCUCUGCUCGCUGGCCAUGGUGACUGUGUCUGUCGUGGCGAUGCCUCACCUGGGGAACUCAGUGCUGCGGGGGCUGCAGCGCAUCCUGGGAGUCAUGAUUGGUGGGUGGCUGUUCUGUGGCAUCUACCUGUCAUAUCAGGCGUGGUGGUUUGAGGGGCUGCUGCUGGGCGUGUUCACGUUCCUCGCGGUGACCUCCAGCCACUUCCUGGUCGGGAAGCAGUACCUCUACCCGCCAAUGGUGGUCGCCGCAUUCGUCGGCGAGUGGCCGCCGACGGUGGUGGACGGACUGGGCACAGCACUGCGCGAGCUCCAGGAACUGGCCGAAGCCGUGCUCAGGAGCGGGCGCAGCCCAAACCCCGCGCGCGCUGGCGCCGCCGGCAAGCCGGGGGCGGGCCAUCUGCGGGCGGGCGCGGGCGUGAGCGCGCUGGUGGCCAGCAUCCCGGCCACAGUGAGGGAGAUCCAGGCGCUGCUGCCAGAUACCAGGAAGGAGGGCUACGUGGGCCGGCUGCCCGGCGGCCUGCAGUGUUUUGCGCCGGUGCCGCUGCGGAGUGUUGAGCCGCCCUUCAUCGGCGACACCCUGGCGGUUGCCCACGUGAUACAUACGCUGCACCGCGCCCUGUGGCUCAUGAUCACGCCAGGCAGCAGUGGUGCCGGCGGCACGCUGCUGGACCGCCUGCCCAAGGCGCUGGGGCCGGACGCGCGCCGGCUGGUGGAUGAGAUGGGGGACGAGGCCGCUGCUGCCCUGCAGGCAUUCGCCGACGCCCUGCCCUAUGGCCAGCGCCCCAAGCCCUCUGCCCCCGCUGCGGCCGCCCAUGUCGCGCGCUACCAGGAGCUCAACAGGCAGCUCGGCGCCCUCUCCCUGCAGCUGCACCAGGUCGCCCCAGGCGCCGGGGGCGUGACAGGUGGCGACGCAGGGGCCUCCGAGCUGGCGGGUGCGGGGGCGGCGGGCGCUCGCGCGCGCGCCAGGUGGCAGCGGGCGGUUGCGAAGCAGGUGGAGGUCGACCGCGCCAAGCGCGGCUCCAGCGGCGCGCUCGGCUCGCUGGUGGGCGGCAUGCUGCGGCGCGGGGACCUGGACGCGACGCGGUGGUGCGCGGCACUGCUGCUGCUGCGGCAGCUGGGGGUGGGGCUGGAGCGGCUGCAGGACUGCAUGGGGGUACUCCUGCCCGGCCUGCCGGGCGUUAAGACAGACCCAAUCACCCAUGUUGCAGCAGCCGCGGUCAGCAGCCCCGAAAACGUGUGA